UUUGGUUUCUACUGCAAUGAAUAGUCCGAAUUUCUUUGGUUUGGAAGAAAAAAAAACAUACAAUUCCUGGUGUACAAGUAUGGUCUAAUCAAAAUCAUAGGACAAGAUCGGAUGAUGGUUCAACUGGUGAAAGGUCUAGGAAACGACAAAUGGUAGCUGGUCCUCCAAAUGUUCAACAAACUAAUCAACAAGCAAAUCAAGUGAAUACUGAUAAUGUCAUUUUGGUGGAUGCUGGACAGUCAACUAAAAAAAAAGAAGCGGGCGUCUCCACGGAAAAUCGAAGUCAUCUUUUGGGUCAUGGUCUGGCGAAACAAUUGAAAGAUCUUUUUGGUUCACCUAAUGUCAAUGAAAUGAUUCCGGAUAGAAACAUCGCUGGUGGCGCAUGGAAAAAGUUCCCCUUCUUCCUUGAUGGUAUCAAGCUCGUUAAUGUUGGCGAAGCUAUGCUCUCUUCCAGGUGCAAUAUACCUUUUGACAUUUUUGGAGGCAACUGGAACGACAUUAUUGCAAGAAAAGGACGCGCAAUGGAUUGGAUGGAUUUCUUACUUUUUGUGGUGCCAACGCUCAUUCUUUCUCAUAUACUGGAUAAAAAGGCUCAAGAGGUUACGCACGAUAUGUUGUUGGCCUGUCAUCUAUGUUUGCGGUGGGAAGUUCGACCUUGUGAUCUAUCCUUCAUUAGACGAUCGAUGUCCGGCUUCCAGAAAUUGUUAAUUACAGCUACAAGAGAAAAAACGAUCAGCAGAAGGGUGUGGCGUAUCACUAUUCAUUACCUGGGACAUAUCGCCUAUAUUAUUGAACGUGUUGGUCCAAUGAAUGUGUACUCAUGCAGAUCUAUGGGGAGGACAAUUGGUGCUUAUAAAAAAAAAUCUGUCAUUGGCGUACACUGGAGCUAGUCUUCAAAUCGCUCUUGAAGAUGUAUCGUCUUUGAACCACCAGAACAAUCUCAAGUUUCUUGCAGCUCCUCGAUCUAAUGCAUCAACGGUAUUAUUGGGAAAAGCGAAGACCUUGUUGCCACCUCCU